AUGUCUUCUGACGAAGUAAAGCUUUACGGGCCUAUCAAGGCUCGGGAGGCUUUCCUGAGCCACUCAGAGUCUCCGGGCUCUGGUACUAGUUCUCCGGAUGGCAUUGACGUUUAUAACCCUGGUGAAGGAAGAGAGGUGCUUAAUGAUGAUACUGCUUCCCAUGAAGAAGUUGAAAGGAUCAACACUUUGUCGAGAGAGGUUUCUCGUCUUUCAUUCUACGAAGGCGACCUUCGUGUUGACCCAGACCAGUUCGACUUGCGCAAGCUUCUUUACACUCAGAUGAAGCAAGCUGAGCUCUCUGGGGUCAAGCUUAGAGAUAUGGGUGUUUCUUUUGAAAACAUGACGGUGACUGGUGUUGACCAGUCUUAUGCAUUCUUACCUACCCUUUCGGACAUUUUGAUGCUUCCCGUGACCAUCUAUAGAGGCAUCCGUUCUGCUGGUCUGAAUCCUCAGAGAGAUAUCUUGCACGAAUUGAACGGUUAUGCUAGAAGCGGUGAAAUGGUUCUUGUCUUGGGAAGACCUGGUGCUGGUUGUUCUACCUUCCUUAAGGCUCUUUCAGGCACUGAUACCAACAUGUACACGGGCAUCACCGGUGAUGUGGAGUACGAUGGAUUGCCUCGUAAGAAGAUGAUCCGUCACUUUAAGCAAGACUUGAUUUACUGUCCUGAAUUGGAUACUCAUCUUCCACAUCUUACCGUUGAGCAGACAUUGGACUUUGCUAUUCAAUGUAAGAUGCCAGAUAAGCGUGCCAAUGACAUGUCCAAGAAGGAGUAUGUUGUGUUCAUGAGAGAGAUGCUCGCUACUAUCUUUGGUUUAAGACACACGUUUAAGACCAAGGUUGGUAACGAUUUCGUUCGUGGUGUUUCUGGUGGUGAAAGAAAAAGAGUCUCUAUUGCUGAGGCAUUGGCCUGUCAAGGUACAGUGUACUGUUGGGAUAACGCUACUCGUGGUUUGGAUGCUUCUACUGCGCUUGAAUACGCUCAGGCCAUCCGUGUGUCUACUGAUAUCACCAGAUCUACUGCAUUUGUGACGUUGUACCAGGCUUCUGAGAACAUUUAUCACACUUUCGACAAGGUCACUGUGUUGUACAAGGGUCGCCAGGUUUACUUUGGUCCUGUUGAUGAAGCCAAGGCCUACUUUGAAAACAUGGGUUUCGAAUGUCCUCCAAGACAGUCUACUGCUGAGUUUUUGACUGCUGUUACCGAUCCUCAGGGUCGUACACCAAGAAAGGGGUACGAGAACAAGGUCCCACGUACGGCCGACGACUUCGAGGCUUACUGGAUUGCUUCUGAGGACUUCAAGAGACUCAAGGCUGAAAUCAAGGAAUACAAGGCUACAAAGAACCCAGAUGAAACAAAGCGUCAAUUGAUUGAGUCCAUCAAGCAAGAGAAGCAAACUGGUCAGAGAGUCGGAUCCCACUAUACCGUGAACUUCUAUGAACAAUACCGUUUGAAUAUGAAGAGAUCAUUCCAGACCAUCAUGGGUGAUAAAGCAUAUACCGUGACUCAAAUUGUCGCCGCCAUUCUGCAGAGUUUAAUUGCAGGUUCGUUGUACUAUAAUACCCCUGACGAUGUCACUGGUGCUUUCUCCAGAGGUGGUGUUGUUUUCUUUUCCGUUUUGUAUUUAUCUUUGAUGGGUCUUGCCGAAGUCUCCAACUCCUUCGCCCAGAGACCAAUUAUGUUGAAGCAGAAUAACUAUUCGCUUUAUCAUCCCGCUGCAUGUUCCGUGGCUGACGCCAUUACCGCUAUUCCUAUUACUGUCAUGAUCAGUAUUGUCUUCACUUUGAUCCUUUACUUUUUGGCCAAUUUGAAGACAGAUGCUGGUGCCUACUUCACGUUCUUGUUGUUUUCCAUUUUGGUCUCGCUAUGCAUGAAUGGUCUUUUCAAAGCUGUGUCUGCUUGGAACAAGACCAUCUCAGCCGCCAACUCCUUUGCCGGUGUCUUGAUUUUAGCUGCAUUGAUGUAUUCGUCUUUCAUGAUUCAAAGACCAUCGAUGAGAGUCUACUUUAAAUGGAUUUCCUAUAUUAACCCUGUUCUUUACGGUUUCGAGGCCAUGAUCACAACUGAAUUUCAUGGAAGGGAAAUGCCAUGUUCACAAAUGUAUUUGGUGCCUAGUGGACCUGAGUACAACCCAUCCGAGGCUGCCUGUGCUUUCCAGGGUGCUCUCCCUGGUGAGAAUAUUAUUAACGGUGAUAGAUAUGUCCAACAAGCAUUUGAGUACAGUUUCAACCAUGUUUGGAGAAACUUUGGUAUUUUGAUUGGAUUUUACGUCUUCUUCUUGGUUGUCGCUGCUAUUGGUUUCGAAGUCAUCCGUCCAGUCUCUGGUGGUAUUGAUAGACUUUUCUUCUUGCGUGGUAAGAAGCCAGAUUAUAUCGUCACUCCAGAGGAAAAGGCCAGAAAUGAUGGUGAAGAUGGACCUAGCCCUGAUGCUGAUUUGGAGAAAGUGAAGCAAACGAGCACUUCCACAAGUCAGAACUCAGCUUUGGCUGAUUUGAAGUCGAAGGACAUCUUCUGUUGGCAAAAUGUGGACUAUGUCAUCCCUUACGAUGGUGGUCAAAGAAAGCUUUUAGAUUCUGUGUCUGGAUUUUGCGUUCCUGGAAGAUUAACUGCAUUGAUGGGUGAAUCUGGUGCUGGUAAGACCACAUUGUUGAACGUUUUGGCCCAAAGAAUUAACAUGGGUGUCAUCACUGGUGAUAUUUUGGUUAAUGGUAAACAACUCGAUGGAUCUUUCAGCCGUCGUACCGGUUACGUUCAGCAGCAAGAUAUUCACUUGGCUGAAACUACUGUCAGAGAAGCUCUUAGAUUCUCUGCUCAGUUGAGAAGACCAAACGAUGUCCCAGAUAGCGAAAAGUUUGACUAUGUGGAGAAGAUUAUCGAUAUCCUUGAGAUGGCUGAAUACUCUGAUGCUAUCGUCGGAGACCUUGGUUCUGGGCUUAAUGUUGAACAACGUAAGAAAUUGACGAUCGGUGUUGAGUUGGUUGCCAAGCCUUCCUUGUUACUUUUCCUUGAUGAGCCUACUUCUGGUUUGGAUUCCCAGUCUGCCUGGGCUAUUGUGAAGCUCUUGAGAGACUUGGCUUCUGCUGGUCAAUCGAUUCUUUGUACCAUCCAUCAGCCAUCAGCUACCUUGUUCGAAGAGUUUGACCGUUUGUUGCUCUUAAGAAAAGGUGGUCAAACUGUCUACUUUGGUGAUAUUGGUGAACGUUCGAGGACUAUCUUAGAUUACUUUGAGAGAAACGGUGCAAGAAAGUGCAGUGAGCUGGAGAACCCAGCCGAGUACAUUUUGGAAGCUAUUGGUGCUGGUGCUACUGCCACUACUGCUUACGAUUGGUUCGAUAUUUGGACAAAUUCUCAAGAGAGAACCGAUGCCGAGAACGAGAUUUCACGCCUUAUCGACGAGGGUAAGCAGAAGGCCGGCUUGUCUGAAAAGGAGCUCAAACAAUUGCAAAAUCCUUACGCUACUUCCAUCUUUUACCAGUUUUUCAUCCUCCUCAAGCGUAAUUUCCUCGCUUUCUGGAGAAACCCACUGUACAUCAUGGCCAAAACGUCUUUGAUGAUCAUGAGUGGAUUAUUUAUCGGUUUUACUUUCUUUGGUUUGGAUCAUUCCCUUACAGGAAUGCAGAAUGGUAUGUUCUGUGCUUUCUUGUCGGUGGUUGUGUCUGCUCCUGUUAUCAACCAGAUUCAAGAGCAGUGUAUGGCUUUCCGUGACGUUUUUGAAGGUAGAGAGAAGCUUUCCAAUACGUACCGUUGGUGGCUUCUUGUGUUGGCACAAUACGUUUGCGAAGUGCCUUUCAACUUCGUCGCUGGUGCCAUGAUGUUCGUCUCCCUUUACUUCCCAACCGAAGCUGACUUCUCGGCUCCUCACUCAGGAGUGUUUUACUUGACACACGGAAUCUUCUUGCAGUUGUUCAACAUCUCGUUUGGUUUCAUGAUCCUUUACUUUGCUCCUGAUGUUCAAUCUGCUGCUGUUUUGGUGUCUUUCUUCUACACUUUUAUUGUUUCUUUUGCAGGUGUUGUUCAGCCCAAGGACUUGAUGCCAGGCUUCUGGGUUUUCAUGAACAGAGUGAGUCCUUACACUUACAUCAUUCAGAACUUGGUGGCUUCGUUCCUUCAUGACAGAGAGGUUGUCUGCAAAGAUCAAGAGUUUGCCUACACCCCCUCUCCAAAUGGAGAGGCAUGUGGUGACUACAUGAGCAGCUUCCUUGAGAGAGCUGGAGGGUAUUUGCAAGAUCCAACGAAUACCACAGUAUGUGCGUACUGUCAGUACAGCAAUGCUGACCAGUACCUCGAAACUAUUCAAACCAGUUACGACAAUAUCUGGCGUAACGUUGGCUUUUACUGUGCCUACAUCAUUUUCAACCUCUGCGUCUGUCUUAUUUUGUAUAAGGCUAUCAGACUUACGAGGUGGAAGCUUCCUUCUUUCAAGCGUAAGAAGGAUUAA